CUCAGUGUCGUUUUGACAGUUGCCACAGUCAGUAGUUCGGUCGGAAGUGACCAGAUAUAAAAAGAUCACAUAGAAACGAUAGACAGAGAAGGAAUACAAAGAAAGAGCGGACACAAACAAAGACGGAAAAAACAAACUUUUAAUUAAUUAUAAUUAGAUAAUAAUGGAUGCUGUGCAGCAGAAUACGAAUACAAACAACAACAGCAACAUCGACAGCGAUAAAUGCCAGAAGUUAAAGAGAUUUGUGAUCGUGGGCCUACUCAUCACCAUUGGGAUCUUGAGUUGGCAUUUCUAUGAGUACUUCCAAAGCAAACCGCUGCCCAAGGCGCCCGAUGACGUCUUGGCCCUGUCCAAGUCUCUCUAUGCGGAGGAGACUAUCGUCAGUCCAUAUCUCUAUAAGGUGAAUCUUCAGGGAAAGACCACAUCUGGAGCCCGUGAUGAUAAGGCGCCAAAGAAUCUCUUUGAGCUCCAUCAGGAUCUGUUGGCCAGAGAUGCCAAUUCUACGACAGCUUUACUCCUGCGCCUCUUUGACAACUACGAGCUGGAUGUGGCAGCGGCCGAGCAUACCACAGCCGAACAUGAAGCGGAACAGCAUGAUUUUCUCAGGGCUGUGAUGAAUACGCGAGUGAUGAAGCUAACGAUGAGAUUUUUGGUGCACAGAGAUAUUGUCACAAGCGAUUAUGAUGACCAGCUGCGUCUCCUGCAGGAGCUAUGGUUCACCCCUUACUCCCGGGGACGUGGCAUUGUGGGCAGCUCUAGUUUCGAGCACGUCUUCAUGGCCGAACUACGAGAUCAGAAGGUGCUGGGCCUCCACAAUUGGAUCUACUUUGCCGAUCAAGAGCAGCGUGGAAAUAUCGACUACAAGGGCUGGCUCAGCCACUUGGAAAUGGGAAAGCCCAAUCAAAUCUCCCUGAGUCUGCGUAACACCUUCUAUGGCAUACAGAAGCCAGUAACCGGCUUCUUUGUUGGCACCUCUCCCGAGCUGGAGAUGAGUCUGUACACCGCAUGCUUUCUGGCCACCCCAGAGAAGGACCCAUGUCACAUUCAGUUGGGACAUGCCCGAGUCUCGAUUGUCUCGCACUCGUGGAACUGGAAUGGCAAGCGACUGAUAGCCACCGCCUAUCCCGACAAUCUGCCCUAGAACCGGCCCACACCCAGUGCCGUCCUUAAGUCAAUUAAAUUAGUUAAAUUCGUGUCUCAGCGCCGCUACCUCAUAACUCACAUACCUACAAACGCAUCUAAGAUCCAAUGUCAAAGUCAAGUUCAUUUUAUUAUCGCACUUUAUGAGUGCCGCGGCGUGGGGGCGGGGAUCCAAGAAGUUCUCAUGACUGUCAUUGCCAAUUGCCAAACAUGUCAGUCAGGCACUGUCAGGCUGUCCAUUCGUCAGGAGUUGGCCUUGAAAAGGGCAAUAUAAUGAAGGCCAGCACGCCAAAGAAAGCUUUACGGAGGUGUCUAAGUGUCAUUGAAUGUUAAAUAAUAUUAAUAAUAGUCCAGAAACUUAUCCUUCUUGCUUUAUAUAAAAGGGAAUUACCAAAUCUUAAAGCUCCCAACGAUCCUAAAGAAAAACUAACCAAACUACAAGUCUUAGGAUGUAUAAAUCUUCAGCUUCCUUCAACAUUUAAACACCAUUUUAAUCUAUACUUCGGUACCAUUGUAUACUUCUCAUAAAAAUUAUACAUUCAUCCAUAUUUCCGAUA